CUCUCUAUAGUCUUUAUUUGAUGUAUAGCUUUAGCUACAAAGUUGUAUUUUCAUAGAAUGACAGAAUAGUUUGGGUUGGAAGGGAUCUUUAAAGGCCAUCCAGUCCAAGCCCCAGCAAUGAGCAGGGACAUCUUCACUUAAAUCAGUUUGCUCAGCCCCAUCCAACCUGGCCUUGAAUGUUUUCCUGGAUGGGGUAUGCACCACCUCUCUGGGCAUCUUGUGCCAGUGUUUCAGCACCCUCAUUGUAACAAUAUUCUUCCUUGUAUUUAGUCUAAAUUGACCAUCUCUGCAUUCAAAACCAUUACCUGUUGUCCUGUUGCAACAGGCUCUGCUAAAAAGUUUUCUCCACCUUAAAAGCUCUCUUUGAAGUAAUGAAAGGCUGCAAUCAGGUCUCCCCAGAGCCUUCUUUUUCUCUCGUCCUGUUGGCAUAGCAGAGAUGUUCUAGCCCUUUGAUAAUUUUCCUUUCCUCCCCUGGACUUGCUCCAGCAUAUCCACAUCCUUCUUAUGUUGCGGCCCCAGAGCUGGAUGUAACACUGCAGGUGGGGUCACAGGAGAGUGGAGUGGAGGGGCAGAAUCACCUCCCUCAACUGCUGCUUUGGAUGCAGCCCAGUUUUCUCUCACUUGUGGAUAUUAAGAUGUUCCAGGAGCAACAAUGCCCCAGGGUAGCAGCAGUGGAAGGGCACUGGAAGGACAAGGAAGUAGGGAGAACAGGACCAGUAUGAAAGAGGUGUUUGUAAAAGACAGUCAAAAUGGAAAAAGAGAAUAGAGCAAAGAGGGCGUACAGCAAAAAAAUUAGAAGUUUUCUAAGGAAUGAGAAGGAGGAAUUAGACAUCAUUUAAUUACCAUACUUUUGCCAGAAGUCAGGAGCAUGACUUGAAAGCUUUUAUUUGAAAGUGUUCAGUUGUGUGCACACAGAUGUGCAAAAGGAGAGUCUUUUGACAUUCCUUGAAGAUAUCCAACUCUUGGUUCUUACUCAGUAUCAACUUGAGGACUGCAUGUGUGUUUGUUGAGUACUGACUUGAGUUCUUAUAAAAUGUUUUUAAGUAAAAAAUUUUAAGCAAGCGCACCAAUUGUAGAUGUUUACUAUUAAAACUUUCUUUGUAGGUAAUUGCACUUAAGAAUGAACAUUGAAGACAAGCUGGGAGGAUUAUUUCUUAAAUGUGGUGGCAUAGACCAGAUGCAGUCAUCCAGGGCUAUGGUAGGGAUGGGUGCAGUAUCUGACCAGUCUGGAGUAUCGAGAGAACGGCAAGAGGCAGUGCUUCAAGAUCGGACUAUGCCGCACCAAGAAAUUCUUGCAACAGAUGAAGUGUUACAGGAAAGUGAACUUCGACAGCAAGAGAUGAUUUCACAUGAUGAACUCAUGGUCCAUGAGGAGACGGUAAAAAAUGAUGAUGAAAUGGAUGCACAAGAUAGACUUCCUCAAGGGCUGCAGUAUGCUGUUAAUGUCCCUAUCAGUGUAAAGCAAGAAAUUACCUUUACUGAUGCAUCUGAACAACAGAAACGAGACAAAAAACAAAUACGAGAGCCAGUAGAUUUGCAGAAAAAGAAGAAAAGAAAACAGCGUUCACCAGCAAAAAUCCUUACAAUAAAUGAGGAUGGAUCACUUGGUCUGAAAACCCACAAAUCUCAUGUUUGUGAGCAUUGCAAUGCUGCCUUUAGAACCAACUACCAUUUACAGAGACAUGUCUUCAUUCAUACAGGUGAAAAACCAUUUCAGUGCAGUCAGUGCGACAUGCGUUUCAUACAGAAGUACCUGCUACAGAGGCAUGAGAAGAUUCAUACUGGUGAAAAGCCAUUUCGUUGUGAUGAAUGUGGUAUGAGGUUUAUUCAGAAGUAUCACAUGGAAAGGCACAAAAGAACUCACAGUGGAGAGAAGCCUUACCAGUGUGAAUAUUGUUUGCAGUAUUUCUCCAGGACCGAUCGUGUGCUGAAACACAAACGUAUGUGCCAUGAGAACCGCGAGAAGAAACCCAACAGAAGUGCCACCAAAGUUGGCUUUUUGCCAUCGGAGGAAGAUUCCGGUUUCUCUACGCCUCUGAAAGACAGCUCCUUGCCAAAGAAGAAAAGGCAGAAAACAGAGAAAACAAAAUCUGGGGAUAAGGAAGGUUCAGAUAAAUCAGAACACAAGAAGGACAAAAAUGACUAUUUGCCUUUGUACUCUUCUAGUACUAAAGUAAAAGAUGAAUAUAUGGUAGCGGAAUAUGCUGUUGAGAUGCCACAUUCUUCAGUCGGUGGAUCGCACUUAGAGGAAGCAAAUUCUGGAGAAAUACACCCACCGAAGCUGGUUCUCAAAAAGGUCAACAAGAGGAGUCUAAAGCAGCCACUUGAGCAAAGUCAAACCAUUUCACCUUUAUCUACAUAUGAAGACAGCAAGGUUUCGAAGUAUGCCUUCGAUCUUGUGGAUAAGCAAAGUUUACUGGACUCUGAAGGUAAUGCUGACAUUGAUCAAGUCGACACAUUACAGGAAGGGCCCAGUAAACCUGUACACAGCAGCACUAAUUAUGAUGAUGCAAUGCAGUUUUUGAAGAAAAAGAGGUAUCUACAAGCAGCUAGUAACAACAGUCGAGAAUAUGCCUUGAAUGUAAGUACCAUAGCAUCUCAACCUUCAGUAACGCAGGCAGCUGUGGCCAGUGUCAUUGAUGAAACUGCCACAGCCUCAAUACUGGACACACAGGCACUGAAUGUUGAAAUUAAAGGUAACCAUGACAAAAAUGUCAUUCCAGAUGAGGUACUGCAAACUCUGUUAGAUCAUUAUUCACACAAGGCUAAUGGACAGCAUGAGAUCUCUUUCAGCGUGGCUGACACAGAAGUGACCUCUAGUAUAUCCAUCAAUUCCACUGAAGUAUCUGAGGUGACCCCAUCUGAGACGGUUGGAACAAGCUCUCAAGCUUCCUCAUCAGAUAAAGCUAGUAUGUUACAAGAAUAUUCAAAGUUUUUACAGCAAGCUUUGGACAGAACUAGCCAAAAUGAUGCCUAUUUGAACAACCCGAGCCUUAAUUUUGUGACUGAUAACCAGACACUUACAACCCAGCCAGCAUUUCCUUCCAUGGAGAAGGUCUACACAUCUAUACCUGUCAAUAGCUUUCGGUCGGGGAUGAACUCUCCAUUAAGAACAACUCCAGACAAGUCUCACUUUGGACUAAUGGUUGGUGAUUCUCAGCACCCUUUUCCCUUUUCAGGUGAUGAGGCAAAUCAUUCUUCUUCCUCUUCUACACAGGACUUCUUGGAUCAAGUAACUUCUCAGAAGAAAGCAGAGGCACAGUCUGUUCAUCAAGCAUAUCAAAUUAGCUCCUUUGAGCAGCCCUUUAGAGCUCAGUACCAUGGGGCAAGAGCUGGAAUAUCCUCUCAGUUUAGCACUGCCAAUGGACAGGUGAACCUUCGGGGACCAGGGACAAGUGCUGAUUUCCCAGAAUUUCCCUUGGUGAAUGUAAAUGAUAGCAGAGCUGGGAUGACUUCUUCACCUGAUGCCACAACGGGCCAGACUUUUGGCUAAGAAAUCUUUGUAAAUAAUACUGGCACUUUAGAACACAUUUGUCAAAAGGGGGUUGCUCUGUAUAAGAUGGAGUUCUGUACAGCUUUUAAGAGCGCUAUGUUAAAACAGAAGUAAGCUGAUAUUAGCAAGACCAAUAACUGCUUCUUUUUUCUUUUUUUCUUUUGUAAAAAAAAUUGUUUGUUAGCCAUCAGUCAUUGAACUGCCUGAUGUUGGUGCCCCUAUCAAAGGCAGUUUAUUAUUCACUUGUUUGAAUCCAGAAAAUAUUUUACCUUCUAUGAAAUUUUAAAAUAAACAAAAUCCCCAGGUAAGACUUUCCCCCAUGAUUGUUUCCUUGCUGGUUUCCUUGUAUGCUUUGGGAGGACAGUUUUUUGUCUGAUACUAUUCACAAUGUCAUUUCUAAGCUUGUCAGCAUAGUUGUCGCUCUUCAGCAGGGAAUCAACAUGUACUAAACACAGAGAAUAAACAAGUAAGUUUUGGAAGUCAAACAAAUAUGCUUUAAAAGAAAGCAUUUUCUAGAAAAAUCUUCAGUUUCUCUCAAAAAUAAUUUUAGACCAUGUGCCCUUUAUUUCUGCUUUGCAUUACCUUGAGUUCUGUUUGGAGGGAAAGAAAGUGAAUUCUGAUAGACUAACUCUACUAUUUAAAAGUCUAAUUAAUUUAAAAUACUUUAAACACUUUUUUAAGCAAAAUGCCUAACUGCUAAAGCCUUUACUUCAUUCCGGAAGUAAUGUGUAUUUCUUUGUACAGCUGAAUCUAGAUGUAACUUUUUAAUGACUUUUUCAUAUGCAGAAACCAAGAUUUUGAAGUUUUAGUUAAAAUACUCUGUAGAUGACAUUCCCAAUUGCAAAAUGCUUACACAAACAGUGUAUUCCAAGAUUUAAAAGCUUAAUUGUACCUUACCCUACAUACUCAUAACGGUUAACAUAGAGCACUUAGCCAACUUUAUAGUUUUUGAUUUCUCAAAAAAUAAAACCAUUUUUAGAUGUU